CCGGGUCAUGCUCGGACAUGCCGGGCUGCCGUCAGCGGAGGAGCUAAGCCCCGACUUGCCUUCGCCUGGCGACGCUAUUUAAAGGCGGCCCGGCCCCGCCGCGUCAUGCCAGUGCAGCGCUUCAGCUCAGCCGCGCGCCCGCCAGGAGCGCCCAGGGCUUGGCUCCGCUCCUCCGUGCGGACUCCCCGCUUCGCUCACACCGGCUCUCUUCGUUCCAGGCAAAUGUGCAACACCAAGAUGUCAGCUGGGUCGGACGACCGCCUCGUCGCCUCUGCCAUUCCCCCCGCCGAGCAAGAGGCACUGGUUAAGCCGAAGCCACUAUUGUUGAAGUUGUUAAAAUUUGCAGGUGCCCAAAAAGACACUUUUACAAUGAAAGAGGUAAUAUUCUAUCUUGGCCAAUAUAUUAUGUCUAAACAAUUAUAUGAUGAAAAACAGCAGCAUAUUGUCCACUGUGGAGAUGAUCUUCUUGGAGAUCUAUUUGGAGUACCAAGCUUUUCGGUAAAAGAACACAGGAAAGUAUAUUCAAUGAUUUCCAGAAACUUGAUAGCAGUCAGUCAGCAAGAGUCUAUGGAAGCAAACACAUCUGAAAAUGAGACCAGGUGUCAACUUGAAAAAGGCAAUGUUCUAAAGGAAUCCAUGCAAGAGUUAGUUGACGAAAAACAGACAUCCCCAAAUUUGACUGCUAGACCAACUACCUCAUCUAGGAGGAUGCUCAGUGAAUCUGAAGAAAGUUCUUCAGAUGAACAACCUAGUGGAAGAAGAAAACGGCAUAAGUCAGACAGCAUUUCGCUCACAUUUGAUGAAAGCCUUUCCUGGUGUGUUGUAAGUGGGCUAUGCUGCGAAGGAAGCAACAGCAGUGACUCGAUAGACUCUGCAAGUCCUGAUCUUCAUGCCAGUUCAUUAAGCGAAAACUCUGAUGAUUGGUUUGACCAGAAUUCUGUUUCAGACCAGUUCAGUGUUGAGUUUGAAGUUGAGUCCAUUUAUUCAGAAGAUUAUAGCCAUAAUGAAGAAGGACAAGAGCUCACAGAUGAUGAUGAUGAGGUAUAUCAGGUGACGAUAUAUCAGACUGAAGAGAGUGAUGCUGAUUCAUUCGAUGAAGAUCCUGAAAUUUCACUAGCUGAUUAUUGGAAGUGCACUAAAUGCAGUGAAAUGAACCCUCCCCUUCCACGGCAUUGCCCCAGAUGCUGGGCUCUUCGUGAGGACUGGCUUCCUGAUGAAAAGAAUGACAAAUCUGAAAAGCGAAAAUUGGAAAGUUCCACACAGCUAGAGCAUGUAGAGGGUUUUGAUGUUCCUGACUGUAAGAAAGUGAAAAUGAAUGAAGAUAAAGAACUAAGUGUUGAAGAAAGUGAGGAUACAACAGCACAAACUUCUGAAUCCCAGGAAAGUAAGGAACACUCUCAGCCAUCUACAUCUAGCAGUAUCUUUUGUAGCAGCCAAGAGGAUUGCAAAGAAUCUGAGAAAAAAGAGACAGAAGACAAAGAGGAAAGUAUAGAAUGCAAUCUACCCCUCUCCAGCAUAGAGCCCUGUGUCAUAUGUCAGAGCAGACCUAAAAAUGGCUGUAUAGUUCAUGGGAAGACAGGACAUCUUAUGUCGUGUUUUACUUGUGCAAGGAAACUGAAAAAGCGGGAUAAACCCUGUCCAGUCUGUAGACAGCCAAUUCAGAUGAUUGUGCUAACUUAUUUUAGUUAGAAGGAACUUCAGCAUAAUUGUGCACAGGGCCAGCUCUAGCCAUUUCGCCGCCCCAAGCGCAGCGGCACGCCGCGGGAGGCGCUCUGCUGCUCGCC